CAUCUCCUUUAUCUCUCUUCGGCGGCACACACAUAUCCCCACACCACCUCCAUCUCCACCUCCCGACACAGAUUCAUUGCAUCACGGCACAAACAUCGCCACUUCUUAAAACAAAUCCUGCACAGAUCCGAAUCAAAAUCCACUUUUUUGCUUCUGUAAUUUCAUCACAAAUGACCCAUCUCCUUCUUCUUCAUUAGAUCCAUCCAAAACCCCACAAAAAUGUCAUCUUCUUCAUCACCACCCUCUUCACAAGUGUUCUUCAUUUCAUCACUCAUUAUCCUCUGGUAUUCAUCGAACAUCGGUGUUCUUCUCCUCAAUAAGUUCUUGCUCUCCAAUUAUGGCUUCAAAUUCCCAAUUUUUCUCACAAUGUGUCAUAUGUCAGCUUGUGCUAUCCUCAGUUACAUCUCCAUUGUUUUUCUCAAAGUUGUUCCCUUUCAGAAGAUCAAAUCGAGGUCGCAGUUUUUAAGGAUUGCAACUCUCAGCAUUGUGUUUUGUGCGUCCGUUGUAGGUGGGAAUAUUUCUCUUAGAUUUUUGCCUGUUUCUUUCAACCAAGCUGUCGGUGCAACGACACCGUUUUUCACCGCCAUGUUUGCGUAUCUGAUGACCUUAAAGAGAGAAGCUUGGGUUACCUAUGGUGCACUUGUUCCUGUGGUCACUGGUGUUGUGAUUGCCAGUGGGGGUGAGCCAAGUUUUCAUUUGUAUGGAUUUAUUAUGUGCAUAAGUGCGACCGCUGCUAGGGCCUUCAAGUCAGUUCUUCAAGGCAUCCUACUUUCUUCCGAGGGGGAGAAAUUGAAUUCCAUGAAUUUGUUGCUAUAUAUGUCCCCGAUUGCUAUCGUUGUUUUAUUGCCUGCUGCACUUAUAAUGGAACCAGAUGUGAUGGAAGUUACCAUUUCUCUUGCAUUGAAACAUAGAUUCAUGUGGCUAUUGCUUUUGAUCAAUUCAACCAUGGCUUAUGCAGCCAACUUGACCAAUUUCUUGGUGACCAAGAACACAAGUGCAUUGACACUCCAGGUACUUGGGAAUGCGAAAGGAGCUGUAGCUGUUGUUAUCUCGAUACUUCUUUUCAGAAAUCCCGUGACAUUUGUAGGAAUAGCUGGUUACUCGAUGACUGUUAUGGGGGUGGUUGCUUAUGGAGAAGCCAAGCGGAGAUACAAAUGAUUGUCAACCAAAACAUUUUAGCAGCAGUUAGAGCAUUGAAUUAUUGAUUACGAUUAGAAGUGAGAGCUAAGAGAGGUUUAUUUUUUGAAUUGGAUUCAACAACUUUGUGAAGCACCAUAGACUCGUUGGUUUUGUGAAACAUAUAAGAGAAAAAGCUUUCACAUGUAGCUUUCAUGCUAUAUAUCAGAUGAAAGUCAUGUAAUUUCUGAGUGCUUUCAUGUGAAACUUAGAGUUGGUUUGUGGUAUGUAAUUUUAAAGGUCAUUAUUAUAACAUGGUUAGUUCA